AUGGUGCUGCCGCUGGAUGAGGAAAGGGAGCAGCGCAUCGCCGAGCGGCGACUUCGUGUGCAGGGGCGGUUGAAGGAGCUGUGCGACAACGAAAGCGACAUGCACGUAGCGGUGGGAACUGGCCAUGACAUGGACGGCAGCGGUGGGGCCAGCAGGGUGAGGGGGAUUGGCGAGGAAUCCGUGCGUAAUGCCCGUCGCGACAUGGCCGAGGUGCUCAGCUGUGCGCACGGCGCCGUGACCAGCUGGGAGGUAGCGGUUGGCAAGACCGAGAAUGACCGCCGCGAGCGUGAAGAGCGUCGCAUAGAAGAGAGGCGCCAGAAGCGCCGUGAGGAGUUGGAGGCGAAUGAAGUUACACAAGGGGCAAUAGAACUGAAGUUUGAGUCCAUCUACAAAAUAAACGCCCCGCACGAGCUGAAGGAGUCUCUCGAGGAGCAGCAGCGGCAGUGCAGGGAGCUGUUGGACGUCAAGGACCGCCUCAUUGAGGCCCUGCGCGGGCAGUUGGAGGAGCGCGAGGAGGAGUUCGUCGCGGCACUCGGACGCAACACGGCGGACGUGAACAGCCUCGUUGCCGAGAUGCGUGAGCAGACGGAGAAGUACCUCGACACCUACACCAACAAGCUUCGGGAGGUGGAGGCGGCGUACGAAAGGGAGCGGGGGGAGUACCUCUCGCGCUGCAGCGAGGAGAUCCUGCAGCUCAUGAAGCUGCGUCGUGCGCGGGAGACGGAGUACCGCAAAAAGCGAGAGGACGAGAUUAUGGAGGCGCAGAAGAAAAUGGACGACAAGCACCGCGAAAACUGCGAGGAGUACAAUGAAAUCAAGCGGGAGCAUCUGCAGGAAAUUCACGUCCUCAUGGAGGAGCUGGAGCGCUGCAAGGCAGAGUUUCUUCUUAAUGGCGAACGACUCAGUUACAACCUGCAGGUGCUGCGGGAGCGGGUCAAGGAAAACAAAAGUGCGCAGGCGCUGCACAAGCGCAAGCUGGCGCGGCUGCAGGACACCCUUAGCUACCUUGUCGCGCGCUACGCGGAGUCCGAGAAAAAGUACCAGCGCUCCAACAAGGACCUCACCGCCCAGCUCCACCGCGUGGCCAAUCAGUACAGUGAUCUGCAGAAGAAGUUCCAAAAGUUUGAAAAGUCAGACAAGGAAAAGUAUCGCCAGCUCUGGUCCAUGCACGAGGAGAAGAACAUUCAGCUCGCACACAAAUCUCUGCAGGCGGAUCGUGUUCUCUUUGAGGAGAUAUUAGGGGUGCCGUGGAACCCGCCGCAGCUAAACUACUGGCCCGAAGACGAUGUGGCGGACGCGGUGGAGGAUAACGAGGAAGAGGCUGUGAGCAGCGACGACGAGAUUGAGCUCUCGGAGGAGGCGCUGAUGCUCCUCGCCCUUCUGCAUAAGCAAGCGCCCUUCAUCUCGGACGAAACCGUGUAUGCGGCAAUCCGAAAAGUGCAGGAUGUCACGGAGGAGCGUGCCGUGGUGGAAUCCAUUCUCGCCACACUGCAGAUUCACAAGAACGAGGAGAUGGAUGACCUGAUGGGGUACUUUUUGGUAGAGGGCCCCGAGGAAACGACGGCGCUCAUACGCCCGCAGGAGGCCGUCCGUGCACUCUCGACCUUUCUGACCGAGCGGCAGCGGGAGAGGAAGAAGCAGGAGGAGGGGCAGAAGGAAUCGGCCAAGCGGAAUAAAGAAUUGGCGAGGAUGAAGCUGGAGGAGCGUCGGCGCGUCGCCGAAAAGGAGUACUGGCUGCGCAUGGCGGAGUCGGUGCCAAAGGAGCACCGGCGCUCCUGGGAGGCACUUGAAAAGGGCCUCAAACUGUACAUUGCCCAACUUCAACAGCGCAAAACUCUGAUUGAAGACACCGAUUCGCUGCGCGCGCAGAAUGCCGAGCUGCGUGGACUAUUGUCACAGUACCUCCACAGUGACGUGAACUAUCAGCUCUACAUGCCGCCAAAGUUGCUGCUGCAGGCUCGCGCCGCGCCCUAG